AUGAAGUCCAAUGCGCCCGAGUUCGAUCAAGUGAGAUUCACGCUCGUCGACUGUCCUGGACACGGCUCCUUGAUCAAGACCGUCAUCGGUGGUGCGUGUAUCAUCGACAUGAUGAUUCUAGUGAUCGACAUUACUAAGGGCGUCCAAGCUCAAACGAAAGAAUGCCUGGUUAUUGGAGAAGUGAUCAAUACUCAUCUCCUGGUCGUGUUGAACAAAGUAGAUCAGCUACCGGAGAAAAGUAGAGACGAGAAAGUGAAGAAAAUGACGAAACUUGUGAAGGAGAAGAUCCUCUCGAAAAUACAGUUCAAAACUGCUGAAAUCGUUCCCUGCUCAGCCUUCUCUGGCAAAACCGAAAAAGUCGUUGAAUUCUUCGAAAACUUCAAGUACUUCCCUGAUCGAACGAGUCUCCUUGAAAAGCCUUUUCUGAUGUCAAUCGAUCACUGCUUCCAAAUAAAAGGCUCUGGAUCUGUGUUUACCGGAACCGUUCUCGCUGGAAAAGCCGCCGUUGGGGAGAACGUCGAAGUUGUUGGCCUUGGAGAAGAGAAAAGAAUCAAGUCGAUUCAGAUCUUCAAAGAAGCGAAGAAUGAAGCGGUUUGUGGCGAUAGGGCGGCGAUUUGCGUGUCGAACUUUGACGCGAAGAAACUGGAACGCGGUCUUCUCGCCUUCCCCAAAUCCAUCAAAGGCAUUUCCCAUGUCAUGGUCAAGCUGAACAAAGUGAAACUGUACCAAGACGCGAUCGAGUCCGGUCAAAAAUUCCACGUAACAUGUGGCCAUCAGCUUGCGAAUGCGAAGAUAACGCUUAUGAAAGAUAGGAAAGGCGAAAAAGUAGACUUGAGCGAGGAGAGUUUCUUUGAGGGGAAGAUAUUCGAUUUUGUGGACAAAUUCGAGCAGGAAGAUGAAAGCAUUUUGGCAUCUCUUGAAUUCGAUCGGCCCAUCUACUUCCUUCCAAACGGACUGCUGAUCGGUUCGCGACUAGAAUUGGACGCAAAUACAACGGAUAAAUGCCGCAUCGCGUUUUCUGCUUUUCUUGAGCCCCUCUCUACGAAAAACCCGAAAGAGCUAGUUGUUGUCAAAGAGAAAAGCAAAACGGGAACGGUAGAACGACUUCAUGACGACAACACGCUAAUUGUCAAAGAUUUGUUCAAGAAGGAAACGAAUUUGGACCUAUUCAACAGGCUUAAAGUAUCGCUUUCAACCGGCGAAAGUGCAAUAAUCGACGGAACUUUUGGAACAUCAGGCAAAAUAAAAAUCUACAACUCUGAUGGAUUCGCCGAAGAAACGAAAGAACGCUGUAGAAAACCGAAAAAGGGCGAAAAUCUCGGAAAACGAGAAGCGAUAGAAGUGAAACUUGUAUUUUUCAAAAAUGUUAAUUCCGAUGACAAACACUGUAUUCUUCAAUUGUAG